AUGAAAUCUACUGUUUAUCAUCCUUAUCAUUUAGUAGACCCCAGUCCUUGGCCCUACAUAGGAGCUUGCGGAGCUCUUUUUAUAACUGUAGGUAGUGUCGUAUAUUUUCAUUAUAGCCAAAGUUGAGUUUUGUUAAUGGGGGCCAUAACCCUUGGUCUAACUAUGUUAGUUUGAUGGAGAGAUGUCAUAAGGGAGGCUACUUUUCAAGGUCUUCACACCAUGGUUGUAAAACAAGGUUUAAAAUAUGGAAUGCUUUUAUUUAUUCUUUCUGAAGUCUUGUUUUUCUUUUCCUUUUUUUGGGCUUUUUUUCAUAGUAGCAUAGCCCCCACCGUGGAGCUAGGUGCAGUUUGGCCGCCCCAAGGAAUAAAUCCAUUAAAUCCCUUUUCAGUGCCUCUUUUAAAUACAGCUGUUCUAUUAAGUUCGGGAGCCACCGUCACUUGGGCACACCAUGCUCUAAUCAGUGGAAAAAAAACUGAGGCUAUAAAUGGUUUAACCGCGACUGUUAUAUUAGGUCUUAUCUUUACGGGCCUACAAGCAAUGGAGUAUUAUGAAGCCCCUUUCGCCAUUUCAGAUUCAGUCUAUGGUUCUACUUUUUUUGUAGCUACGGGUUUUCAUGGUCUGCAUGUUAUAAUAGGAACAACGUUCUUAGCUGUUUGUUUAGUUAGGUUGAUUUAUCACCAGUUUACUCGUCAUCAUCAUCUCGGCUUUGAAGCUGCCAGUUGGUAUUGGCACUUCGUAGAUGUGGUGUGGUUAUUUUUAUAUAUUUGUAUAUAUUGGUGAGGAAGUUAA